GAUGGGCUUUGGGUGGUGCAGGGAAACUAAUAGUAUUAAUUAAAAUCAUUGAACAGGCCGAGUCUGGCGAAUAAAUUAUAAUAAGUGACAGUGCGAGCGAUAAAUUGAACGCUGCAAAAAUAAUGCCGAACAUUGUCGCACUAAAGCUGAGCGCCAGCUUUCCAAUUCCGGCGGGUCAACGGGUUCACGAGGAUGGAAGGAAUAUCCUGGUGCUGGACCAAUUGGCGUUGCAGCAACAAAUCAGUGCGAAUUUCAUUUUCCAUGCGAUUUCCAACUACAAGAAGACGCCGUCCGAGCGAAAAACACUCGAAUUCAUUGCCAAAAAAUGGCUGCAGAUCCAGAUGCUGUGGCGCGAGUUCCGGCUGAGGGAUAAGCAAAUACGGCGGCAUGGCCACAAGGAUGCCCACUUUCUGGAGCACGGCUACUUCCAGCAGGAGCUGUUCGAGCUGGUCCAAGAGAAAUAUACAGCUGCCCGCGGAUGCCUGAGUCGUGACAAAAGGAAUCUGCUCACUGGUCAGCCGUAGUGUUUAUUCAGUCGACGACGACAAGAAGGCGGCGGAAGGCCCCUGAAUAAAAGCAAAAAAGGAGAAGCCGGCAGGAAAAAGGAUACGGGGAUGUGUGAAAACUUAUUCCCCUGAAAAACACCAAUUCUCGUAUGUGGUGUGGCCUGCACUGAGUCAACAGUUCGAUUCUCAGAUGAUAUCCGUCAACAGCGAUUCCAUUUCCAUUCCCAAUAUCAUUCGGAAUCCGAAUACCAAUCCAAUGGGCAAUCAAUCUGAACGGACUGGAACGGCAUCUAUAUGCCCAAUGAUUGAUUGCACUCGGCGAAUGCUUAUCACAAUUAUUAUGAUAUGCCAAAAGGUUAUACAAGUCACGCUGAUGACAAAGGCAUUUCUAUUUAUUCAGAGUAAUAAAAAUAAGGAAGAAAAAAGUGUCUGAAAUUCUUUAAGUGCAAAUAUCGGUCACCUUGAAAUUUAAAUAAAAUACCCAUUAAACUUUCGGACUUAAAUCGGUAUUAAUCAGAUACACUUACUAAAAAUAUGACCAAUUCUCUGGGGAAUUCCUAUUUGACCGUCCAAAAACACUCGAACGAUUAAAUCAGCGAUAAGAUAAAUAUAAACUUGGGAAUUCCGUUUUUAAUAGGGGGGAAAUGCCUUCUCCAACUACGUAGACUUCGCACAGCUGUCUGCGAGCGUAAACUUAAUUAACUGCCCCGGCAAUUAUCUUGUUUUUGGUCAGUUUUCUUUGAAACAAAGAAAAUAAAGGAAACAAAGGGAAAAUCAAUUUUCUUAACCAAAUAAAGCGCUAAACAGCUAAUAAAAAUUGGCCACACACAAAAACCAACUAAUUCGAUAAUUUGCUUUAGAUGCCCAAGUGAAAGAGCAAAAAAGCCUUUGGCAUUCGGGCUUUGAGCCCAGUUGUAUCUGUAUCUGUAUCGCUUUGGCCAUGGCCAUCGGCUUGUGUCUAAUUUAGCGCGAUUAAGGGAGCCGGGAAAAAACAGCGAAACAAAAUCGAGGGCAGGCCACUAAACUGAAUUAAGACCGCAAAUUUAUGGGCGCCGGCUGCUGGCAAUAUCCAGAAUAUCCCCAAUACCAAACCCAAGGUGCCGCCCAAAGGGAACCCCAUGUUGACAAGAAUACUGUCCUUUCGGAGGGAUAUCGGCAGAUGUUUGUUGUGGAGAGAGCAGCCCGAUUGCUUCAGA